CAUUACCACAUAAGUUCCAUCUUCUUCUUCUUCCUCCCUUCGACACCCGAAAUCCGGAGUCAAAAUGGAAACCUCGAAAGGGAGUUGCGACUCAACUGACCAAAGUAGCGUCUGUAUUUCCGUUGAAGCGGAACGUACAGUUUCAUCUAAUGGAAAUAAAGAUUCGAAUGAAAUUAAUUCGCAAGAACACAAAUCUAAAACCAACACUGAAGAUGAAAUCAAUAAGAGCAGCGACGCAUUGGCCAAGGGUUUAUCAACUAUGCUAGCCAAUGUUAUUAGGGAUUUCGAUUCUAAAGCUCAAGAAACUCUCAAAAGCCAAGACCAACUUAAUUCAGCCAUCGAUCGUCUUACCCGAGAUGAAUUUUUUAUUGGCUUUGGAUGGGUUUUAGAGCUUGAUCAAUUGUUAGAAGAUGCGCCCUUGCCAUUCAUUAUGCAGCAUGCUGCAAAGAUUUCAGGAGUUAAAAAGAGAGUUUCGUCAUUGAACUCUCUUCUAAAGUCUAUACAGCGUCGUAUUGAUAAUAUGGAUCGGAUGCUAUCUGUGGGUGUUCUUCAAGAGAAAACACAUUCAGGGAGUUCCUGACAACUAGCAUUGGUUCUCAAUCAUGCACUUCUAAAUCUUUUAUUUGAUUCAAACUUCUGAUAGAGCUACUUGCACCUGCAGAAAAGUGUGUGCUGUGCUAUUUGCAACCACCCGCCUGCCACAAACAUCCAGAAAGCAAUGGUCUUUACUUUGCGUUUUUCUUCUAUCUAUUUACAAAGGAGCUAAUUUGAAGACUAAUGAUUAUGUUCAGCCAUUUUUUGAAAGAUGAGUCGAUUUCUAAGUGUCAUGGUUACCGAUGCCAGGAUAUUGCUAUGGCAUGGUUAUUAGUGAGUUUGAGUGUGUCCUUCUUGUCAGAUUUUACCUGUCUUGUGUUGGAUUCAAGCUUUGUAUUUAAGCAGUCAAGUUUCUAACUGAGCACUAUCACACGCCUGAGAUCCAGUCUAUUGGAUUAAAUCUUUAAAAACUUCAAUUGGUUGUUCAUUAGGUGCAGAAGGUCAGAGUAUACAAGGUAUGGUCCAUAUGGAAAAUGUUUUAGAAUUUGACUUCAUGAUCCAUGCAAAUCUUGGGUGCAUGUGGAUAUUUAUCAUGUGCCAUUGGCGUUCAGUAUAAAUGUUAGAGGCAUUUUCAGAUGUGCAUAUUUAUUGAA